AUGAUCAAAUCCGAGCCACGGGGACUUAGCUGGGCAGUUGUUCAACGUCUUGACUGCUUGAAAAAGCUGGGGAGCGGUCUUGAGGCCGAUCAAGACGAGGAUGAAAAUCUUCCUAACGUGAAAGCUAUCAUGGCAGCUUACCGCUCUGGAAAGCUGAACUGGGAUGGCACUUCAGUCACUUAUUGGUCAAAUGGUGAGCUAAUCACUGGUCCCCAGAAGCUGGAAAUGAAGGACCUUUAUGCUCUCAGUGCAAAGCAUGGUCCAAAGGGAUUUUGGGUAGAAGGAAUUAUGAUAGCAAUUCGAAAUCCGACUACCCAGGCAACGAAUACAAUGGCGACCUCCAUUACUUUCGACUUUCUUGAAGAUACUGGGUCCUCAUCAAUGCGGAUCUUUUCUGAAGAUAAGGAGAAUAUUGAAAGGCUAUCUGGCGCAAGCCUGCCUGUCAUUGGGCAUGCUCUAAAACAGACGGCCGCCGGGCAAGUGCAUGUCCAAAAUGUGGUGUUGCAGGCGAUGAUCAUGAACAAUCAAGAGAAUCUCCUUCCCUACUGGGUUGACAUCAAAGCUGCGGUGACUCCCGGAGCCAAAGGACUAUCGGGAGAUCGGCUAACUGGUGUAUGGAUUCACCACCUGCUGUUCGUUCUAUCAAUGCCGGAUAACACACAAAGGAAGCACAUCGGCACUGAUAUCAAUGAGAUGAUGCUUAAUCUUCCUCUCCCAGACCACAGGAACGCAGUUCCCCCAACAUUUGAUUGA